UUUGAGGGUCUUCUGAAGGUGGUUGAAUAAUGGGAAGCAGCGAGAUGGAUAAACCAGCUAAAGAUAAAGAAAAAGAUUCGAAGACCAUGCCGACUAGUACACAGGAACAAUCUUCGACAACUAGUGCCGGUGCUGUAAAUCCUGAUUGGUCGGGUUUUCAGGCAUAUUCUCCUAUACCUCCUCAUGGGUUCUUGGCAUCAAGCCCACAAGCUCACCCAUAUAUGUGGGGUGUUCAGCAUAUGAUGCCUCCAUACGGUACCCCUCCACAUCCAUAUGUUGCAAUGUAUCCUCAUGGUGGUUUAUAUGCUCACCCAUCUAUACCUCCAGGGUCUUAUCCUUUUAGUCCUUUUGCAAUGCCACCACCAAAUGGAAUCGCGGUCGAGGCGCCUGGUAAUACACCUGGCAGCAUGGAAGCAGAUGGCAGGCCAUCUGAGGUGAAGGAAAAGUUGCCCAUCAAAAGAUCAAAAGGAAGCUUGGGAAGUUUAAAUAUGAUAGCCUGGAAGAAUAAUGAGGCUGGUAAAACAUCAGGGACCUCCACUAAUGGAGUCUACUCUAAAAGUGCUGAGAGUGCAAGUGAAGGUACAAGUGAAGGAAGUGAUGAGAACUCGCAGGAUGACUCACAACUCAAGUCCGGGGGUGGGCAAGAUUCUUUAGAAGGUGAUGCAUCCCAGAAUGGAAAUUCUGUGCAUGGUCCUCAGAAUGGAGGACCAAGUACACCUCAUACAAUGGUUAAUCAAACAAUGGCCAUGAUUCCAAUAACAGCAGCUGGUGCUCCUGGUCCUGCAACGAAUUUAAAUAUUGGUAUGGACUACUGGGGGACGCCAGCUGCAUCCACCAUUCCUGCAUUGCGUGGGAAUGUUCCUUCUACUCCAGUUGCUGGAGGAAUAGUCACUGCUGGCUCUCGUGAUAGUGUUCAGUCACAGCUUUGGUUACAGGAUGAAAGAGAGCUUAAAAGACAGAGAAGGAAGCAGUCGAAUAGAGAAUCUGCUCGUCGCUCUAGAUUGCGCAAGCAGGCGGAAUGUGAUGAGCUGGCUCAGCGAGCGGAAGCCUUAAAAGACGAAAAUGCCAAUCUUAGAUCAGAGGUUAGCCGGAUCAGGAGUGAGUAUGAGCAGCUUCUUUCAGAAAAUGCUUCUCUCAAGGAGAGGCUCGGGGAAGUUCCUGGACAGGAUGAUCUGAGAUCUGACAGGAACGAUCAGCACUUGAACAAUGACCCUCAACAAACGGGGCAAACAUAAGUGGCACGGCAGGCAUUAGAUCUUGGUAACCCUGUUUCCUGCUACUGCUCACAAGGAGCAUAACCUAACCAACUAGCAACAGAAGUUUAUUUGGCAUAGCUUGUAGUUUGACUUAAAUUAAAGUAACCUUUUUUUUCUUUGAUUUUGUUUUUUUUUUUUUUAGUUUUAGGGUGACUGUUUAUUUCCGUAUCAUCCUCUUGUUUCUGAUUCGCCUUUAUAUCUUUGACAGUUGAAGCGCUAGGAUGAUAUGUUGGGUGUGAAAUUCAUGUUGUACCCUCGUUAUAAAUGGGUGGUAUUCACACUUUUGUUUACUUGUAUUAUUAAUAUGAUUGAUGAAUGCAUAACUUGGGGAGUACUUUCUCCAUGCUCUUAUAAA